CCAGAGUCAGGCGUGGAAUAAGCCGGAGCGGCGGCGGCAGAGGAGGAAGAGGAGGAGGAGGGAGGCGGCGGUGGUGGCUUCGGCGGCAGCAGCAGAGCCCGGCGACCCACCCGCCUUGGCGGCCGGAGAGCGGACACGGAGACGGCGAGAGAGAGCCCGGCUCUGCGGAGGGGGCCCUCCGGGGGACUCGGUGGCAGCGCCCUGAAUACUGAAGUGUUGACUUCAAUCUUCCACCAUGCGUGAAUACAAGCUAGUUGUUCUUGGCUCAGGAGGUGUUGGAAAGUCUGCCCUGACUGUACAGUUUGUUCAAGGAAUAUUUGUUGAAAAAUAUGAUCCUACGAUAGAAGAUUCAUAUAGAAAGCAAGUUGAAGUAGAUGCUCAACAAUGCAUGCUCGAAAUCUUGGACACUGCAGGAACGGAACAAUUUACGGCAAUGAGAGAUUUGUACAUGAAAAAUGGACAAGGCUUUGCGUUAGUCUACUCCAUCACAGCACAGUCCACGUUUAAUGAUUUACAAGAUCUUCGAGAACAGAUACUUCGAGUUAAAGACACUGACGAUGUGCCAAUGAUUCUUGUGGGUAAUAAGUGUGACUUGGAAGAUGAAAGAGUUGUAGGAAAAGAGCAAGGACAAAACCUAGCAAGACAAUGGAACAACUGUGCAUUCUUAGAAUCUUCUGCUAAAUCAAAGAUAAACGUUAAUGAGAUCUUUUAUGACCUAGUCCGGCAAAUUAACAGAAAAACUCCAGUGCCUGGGAAGGCACGUAAAAAGUCAUCAUGUCAAUUGCUUUAAUACACAGAUGCAUUGUAGCUCUGAGCCAGGUCUGAAGAACUGUUGCCCAAUUCAACAGUGCCAGCAGCAUUCCAACUUUAUUAAACCUACCAACAUCUUAAGCGGACUUUCCUGUGGUGGUACCCUUUAAGAAGUGGAUGAAAGCUACUAUAUCAGUUUGCACAUUCUAAUCACUUUGCAGUGUCACGAGAGAUUUUUACUUAUGAUAGUCUGAGUAUGCAACUGGUAAAACCAGAAGCUACAUCCAGUAUUAUUGCUAAGAGACAUUAUUCAUCCACCGAUGUUGUACAUGUAUGAAAAUGGUGUACUGUAUACUUUAACAUGCCCCAUGCUUUCUAUUGGAGAGUACAAUAAUGUAAAUCCUAAAAGCACCACUAUUUUAGCAUAAUAAAAGAAAGUCCAAAGAGCUCCUAUAUAGACUACUCCAGAUAACUUUGCUUCUUUGAUAUUUGUAGCUUAUUGUAAUUUUUUUUAAAGAAAUAAAAGGUCAUCAUCAUUGUACAAAAGCGCUUUGAUUAACACAGCUAUAGUUUUUUUAAUUUUUUGAAAAACCUGUGGAGACAGUGAUCUUGUCUUUAAAAAUAAGAUAGUCCUCUCAGUAUAAUGUCUUAGAUAAAAGACGUUGCCUUUAAUAUCUGUUGGGAAGGAAAUGUCCAGACUUUUCAAUCUUUUAUUGUAUGUUUCCUUUUUGUUUACAUAGGGAACAAUGUUUAUAGUUGUGUGUACAGUGGGGGUCUACAACAAGAAGUGUAUAUUUUCAGAUAAUUUUUUAAUGAUUUAACAAUUUUGUAAAUCAUUUCCAGGCUUCUGCAGCUGUAGAUUCUCACUGUGAAUCCCUUGCUUGCUCAUGCAUCAGUGUAUUUGCAAUACCAAAUAUGCAGGUUUAGUACUUUUGCCUGUUAGUGAUUGUUUCACAUGUGUAACGUUUUGGUUGAGAUGUUAAAUGGUGGAAGAGUACUGUGGAUGUGAAUGUGGGAAGUAAUUUUAAUCAUGUGUAAUUGGUCACAGGGCCUAAGUUGCAGUAACUAACUUUUUGCCGAUUUAUUUAACAAUGCCUUGUUGCUUUGUAUGCAUUUAACGUUUGGGUGUAAAGAUUGUGUGUAUAUCCAACAGGGAGCCACAGUAUUUAAAUUGACCAACCUAAUGUUACAACUACUUUGAGGUGGCCAAAUGUAAACUAAAAGCCUUAAUUAAAGUGGUGCAAUUUUGUAUAACUUAGCAUCAGUAGUUCAAUAAAUUUGGAUUGCCAUGCAAGGGCUUGCAUUAUAAUUAUCUGCCACUUGAAUGUUUUGUGUAAUGUUUUAACAGUGCUAGUAAAUAAAUAUGGGUUUAACUUUUUUAAAUGUAAUGGGUGCAUUCUGCACAGUGUGGUUUCAUAAUUUAACAUUUGGGCAAGCCAAGUUCUCAGUAAUGGCAGGAAUGGAAGAUGUCAUAUUUUGCUUAGUAAUGUUUGAGUAUCCACAUAGCCACCUUUAAAUCUUUCCCUGGGAAAGCAUUUUGUAACUCAAGCAAUAUCACUUAUAUGAACAUUUUUUGGUAAUGUCUGGCAGUUAUUUUGGACAGUGUGGGUAAGCAGUAACAAAUACUUUGACACAUGUUACUUUAUUGUUUUUAUAUAGGAUGAAGUUAUACUUAGCAUAUUAUGGUUAUGAAGGUCUUUGAAUGAAGUGGAUUAUGUACUGCUUUCUUUUAAGACGGAAACAAGGUUUUCUUUGUCUUAAAGAUGCACUGUAAUUUAUUGCCUAUUUGUGAAAAGCUCUGCAAGUUGAGUCUUCAUAGCAGUAUGAGAAUAUCAGCUCCUAAUAGGAGAGAUGCUCUGAUUUGGACUCAGAUCUGUACUAUUGGAAUAGAACACUGUAAGAUAUUUUCAUAGCUAAAGUUUGACGAUAUCUUUGGUCAUAGGAUAAGAGUGGGAAGGGAUUUAGGCAUCAUCUCGUCCAACCUUCUCAUUUUUAUAGAUAGAGUAACUGGAGUCCAGAGAAGUUCCUUACCUUCCCACAGUCACCCAGGCAGAAGUAGUGAGGGGAAAGGGUCUCUGUCUACUAUAUUGUUUCCAUAUAGGCAAAGGAUGAGCACCAUGUAAACAUCCUACAGCCAAAAGAAGGAGGUCUUUGCCUGGUUUAAGAAAUAAAUUAUUAUCGUAUACAGUCACUUGGGACAAGUUGAGAAGAUGAAAUUUAAAAAGAAAAACCAGUGCUCACUGGGAGAAUAACAGAUGUCUUAUUUCUUUAUGUAUUCCAAAUGAGCUGAAGUCAUAUAGCCUCUUGGAUUUCCUCAAUUGUUAAAAUAGGGUUGGUUAGA